CAGUUUCCGUGGGACUUUGGACCUUGAACUUGGGAAUAUUAUUGGCUUUGGCGUGCACUUGCUUGUAAUAAUCAUUUCUUUGAAUUAUUCCGCCAUUUUCGCUGCCAAGUUUUAUCGGCUAUUGUACUAGAUAUUCUGAGCCUUAAGCCAGUCAUUCCACCUGCCUGCCAUCCACGCGCGUACUUCUGCUGUGCGUGGUUUGUGGAUCCUACAGUUUCCAUCCGAUCUAGUUCCACCGUGUUCAUCCCGAUGCGCACUGCCGAACAGUGUUCAAGAUCUUGAGUGCGGCAUUUGGUAUCACUCGUCGAUUCCAUCGGCACGACAGGCUGAUUCCCGUUUUCACGCGUUUUCGAAGCGUGACUGCAAAUCUCAGAUAUCUUGGAGGUGUUUGAUAUUUGGAUUUGCUGAUCGAUGCUUGCAUCCCUAACGGAAAUAAUGCCGUCGCCUUAUCUGUGGUCGGGCAUUCCCGCUGCCAUGUAUUAUGCCUAUUAUUAUAAAACCUACUGUGGUCAGGUGCCAGAGAUUUACGGGGCCGACGGAGCAUUUCUACGGCUGAUGAAAGAGAAAUGUCCAGCUCUGCACGAAGAAUAUCGCCCACCGCCUCUCGUGCAUGAAUCUCGUUUAAUGACGAUCUUCGCCUCAAUUGGACGUCAUCGCGGACUGAAUUUUCCUUAUAUGCGUGAGCUGUUUAUAACAUCGGAUGGCGGGGAAAUUGCGCUGGACUGGUGGGACGCCCGUCUGAAGCCCAAAUCCCCAUCGGAAGUUCCCGUUGUCUCCUCCACGUCGUUGGUGGAUUCCCUGAGCUAUUAUUUUCGUUUUCCCAGCCUUCAGAUUCCGUAUUUUGGAUCUGCCGCAUCCACAUCGGCACCUGACACCUCUGGCGACAUCAGCGACGCCAGUAUCCCCACCGGAAGCACCGAAGCGCGAAAACUUAGUGUCGGAGACGCUCCCAGCAGUGUGCCCGAACUGGAUGAUCUCGUACCAACCCAUGUUCAUUUACCCAAAUCCGUCUCUAACAUUACCGCUGAUCCAGCGGAUGUAGAUGUGUCAGUGGCAGUGGAACAUCCGGAGAAAUUAGUUCCCAUUGCGGAGAAAAAUGCCGAUGGGGCCGAUCAGAGCGCGGUGGGCCGCAGUGAUGUCUAUGUGCCGGAACCGACGGGAUUAGUGCUUAUUUUGCCCGGUUUAACCGGAAAUAGUGGGCAGAAUUAUGUGCGGGGAUUGGUGCAAGUGGUGGAGGAAUUGGGAUUCACAGCGAUCGUUAUGAAUUACCGUGGAAUGGCAGGCGAUUUAAAGACUCCGAAGUCUUAUUGCGCGGUUGACACCACGGACAUUGCAGAAGUGAUACAACUUCUGAAGCGUCGUUAUCCCACCGUCCCAGUUAUGGCUGUCGGCAUCUCAUUGGGCGGGAUUUUGCUGUGCCAGUAUUUGGCGUAUUGCGGAAAGAACAAUAUUGACAGUCUGUUAGUGGGCGUUAUGGCUGUGUCGGUUGGAUGGAAUAUCUUUGAAUCCUGUAAAACUUUGGAACAGCCUUUGAACUGGCUGCUGUUUAAUCGUAUGCUGACACGAUCAUUAUGUGCUGCAGUGCAUAGGCACAGCAAUAUGUUAAAGAACAACUAUGACCUGGAGGGGCUAAAAAAUGUGCGGACUAUACGGGAAUUUGACAGUCAUAUAACAUCCAAGAUGUUCGGCUUUUCGGAUGUGGAUGAAUACUACAAGAAUGCCUCAUUGUACGACAAGAUUCAGUUCAUCAAGACGCCUUUACUGGCGCUGAAUGCUGCUGAUGAUGUAUUUUCCCCGAAUGACGCCAUUCCUCGUGAAGAGGCGAAGAAAAAUCCCAACAUGUGCUUGGUGGUGACAUCCCACGGUGGACACAUUGGAUUCCUGGAGCAGAGAAAUCCCUUUGGACGUAACUACGUCGAGCGACUGUUUGAGCAGUUUGCCCGCGCCGUCUUUGAGAACCGUGACAUACUGCCGGUGCCGGUGCGCAUCAUCACUCCUCACGAAGAAGUUCCUGUUAACACUGCCGAAAUCCCUUUAGUUCCUGACGUCGAUACUCAAACGGCGCCAUCGCUGGAUUGAUUACAAAGAUCGUUGUGGAUCUUGUCUCGCUUCAUCUUGUUAUAUAGUCAUUGUUUCUUCGUGAUUAGCAAAGCCAUACUGUUAUGGGUAUUCUGAUAUUGCAAGCCUGGUGAUUAUUCUUCAUGAAAAAACUUAUUAAGCUUCAUAGCGGCGAACGCUGAACGCGAUGGUGUUCUAUCGUUGCUGUUAGUGUCGGCUUUAUGGCACUGCUUUUCUUUUAUAUUUUGCAGUAUUUCAGUUCUUAUUUCAUUGUCGAUUUUUGGAAUACGAUUGUAUACACUUUUGGAUCGCUGCAAUUUGAAAGUCGAACAAAACUGAAUAACAAUAAUUCAAAUAAAAAUAAAAGUCAUGGA